UCGUGUCCCGCAUUUCUUUCCGCCGGAUUUCGGAUGUCGUAUGCUCGUGGAGGUGCCUCCGCCAACCGAGCUUCGCGGCCGCCCCAAGACGGCGACUCGGCCUAUGUGCAGGACAGCUCGAGAGUCUCGGAGGCAGUGAAGGAGGUACAGCGAUGCACUGCGGACAUCCGGAAAGAGACCUCGCUGCUGGCGAUCGCCUCCCGACAUAAGGUGGAGGAGGCCGCGCGCCGAGGGCGCAAGGCGGUGGAGGAGGGGACACGACACCUGGAGAAGCUCUUCGGGCUGACGGGGGGAGACACCGGGGAGCAGAAGAAGCGGCUGCUCACGCAGCAGAAGCUCAGCGAGAACUUGGCCAGGGUCACUGCAGACCUCGAGGCCAGCAUCAAAGCCUUCGAGGCGGCGCGGAUCCGGGCGACGCUCGAGAGCUCUGAGCUCUCGAGGGGAGACAUCCGCGACGUGGAGAUGGGCUCCCUGGCUGCGGGCCCCGCCGGGCCGGUGCAAGGCCUUGCGGAGGGCGAGGUGUCGCAGGCGGAGGUGAAGCUUCAAGCCGCCAUCGUGGAAGAAUACCUGCAGGAGGUCUCCACGCUGGAGGAAGACGUCCAGGGCCUCCAGGAGGCCCUGGUGGAUCUGGCCCGCCACACGCAGGCGCAGAACGAGAUGUUGGACAACAUCUCCGAGUACACGGCCGCCUCCUCCGUGGCCGUGGCAGGCGCUACAGAUCAGCUGACCCAAGCAAGCAACGCACAGAGGCGGGGCUCCUCGCUGCUCUACUGGCUGCUGCUCUUCGCCGCCGUCCUCGCGGCGAUUCUCAUCUUCGUGGUGGUCCACAAGGCCAACGCAUGAGCCAAUCCCCCGCCGAACGAGUGGCAUCGGGGCCUCGGGGCCUCGGGGCCUCGGUUCGGAGCGUCUCACUUGCCCCGUGGAAGGUUAUGGCGAGCUCGCCGAUCCGCGGGUGAAACAAGCUCACUAUGAUGUAGGUGCUUCACUGAAUUAAGAAUUGGACUC